AUGGUUUUGCUUAUUACGCCAUUUGUGGUCUCCUUAGCCGCCGCGUUGGUGGUGAGAGACCAACAACCCCAGCCGCUUUCGUUCACCUUGAGUAAGCUGCCCAAGAAGUCAGUGUUGAAGACCGACCACCUUUCCAGAGCGAAGAACGCCGGUGCCCAGAACGUCAAGCUCAACACUACCAACUACAGCGUUCGCUUGGGGCUUAUCAAACAACAGCAGACGGUGGAUGUGGAUUUGGACACGGGGUCGCCGUACUUGUGGUACGACGCCUCCAAGUUGAAGGAUACCAGUGGGUUCAACAACAGUGGCAUCCCCUUCGGUAUCGAAUACGAGGACGGGUCGGCGGCCAAGGGCGAUUUUGGCACCUCGUCGGUGUGGCUUGAAACCGGGGUUGAAGUCAAGAAUUUCCAAUGGGCUUUAGCCAAUACGGUGACGUUGACGGACAACCUGACAGGGAUUUUCGGCAUUGGCGGUAGCACUAAGCUCAACAUCACCAAGGGCGUCCCCUACACCAGAUUCCCACAAAAGUUGAAGGAUGAAGGUAUCACCCUGUCCAACUCGUACUCCUACUACCUCAACAAGCCCGACGCGACUCUUGGCUCUCUCACCUUUGGUGGUCGCGACCUUGCUAAGAUCAAGGGUCCCAUUGCAACCAUCCCUCUCGUCACUACUGGCGACAAUGCCGUCUACGAUACGAUCAAGACCACAGUUAAGCUCACCGACAGUGACGGUGGGUCUGGCAAUGCUGAGUUUGAGGCGAUUGUGGACACCGGCACCACUUUAUCUUUCUUCCCUGAGAGUUUGUUCAACAACAUUAAGGUGGAGUCGCUUGUCUGGGACCCGAAGGGCUACCAAAUUGACUGCAACGCGCCGUCUAACAAGUAUGUGUCGCUUUGGUUCGGCACCGUUGAGAUUAAGAUUCCUUACAAGGACUUGGCGCUCACGAUUUACGACAACAACGGCAACCCCUCCGGUAAGUGCUACUUCGGUUUUCAACCAGUGCUGCCUGAUAGUGGCUUCACUUUUGGCGACACGUUCUUGCGUAGCGCCUAUGUUACCAUCAACCACGACACCAACCAAGUGUCGUUCUCGGAGGUCAACUACACCACCACUGAAAAUAUCGUUUCCGUUUAG